AUGGACAUUCACAGCAUUCCUCCCACAAACAUCACAGUCUACCGUGUGUCGGAUGGAGGAGAAACAGCUAUCGGCGUCUAUUUGGUGAUACUAGGAUGGCUCUCAUGGAUUGGAAAUGGGACUGUAAUAUUGCUUUUAACAAAGCAAAGAAAGGCACUCGAACCACAGGAUUUCUUGACUCUCAACCUUGCCAUUUCUGAUGCCAGCAUAUCUAUUUUUGGAUAUUCUCGAGGGAUCCUUGAAGUUUUUGAUGUGUUCAGAGAUGAAGGCUAUCUUAUAAAGACAUUUUGGACUUGCAAGGUGGACGGAUUCCUAAUCCUGCUCUUCGGACUCAUCAGCAUCAACACACUGACAGCCAUCAGUGUCAUCCGCUACAUCAAAGGCUGCCACCCUCAUCAUGCUCAUCACAUCAACAAGCGUAAUAUCUGCUUGGUCAUAACUGCAGUCUGGCUGUUCUGUCUGUUCUGGGCGGGAGCUCCACUGCUCGGCUGGGGUAGUUACAGAGCACGUGGGUACGGGACAUGUGAAAUCGACUGGACAAGAGCUCUGUAUUCCAUUCCAUUUAAGCUCUACGUCAUUGGCAUUUUCUUUUUCAACUUCUUCGUGCCACUGUUCAUUAUAGUGUUUGCAUACGUGUCCAUAAUCCGCACCGUUAACUCCAGCCACAAAUCCAGCCAGGGAGGAGAUGUCAGCGAGAGACAGAAGAAGAUAGAGCGCAGCAUUACACGGGUCUCCCUCAUUCUGUGUGCGGCCUUCCUGUUGGCCUGGUCCCCAUAUGCAGUCAUUUCCAUGUGGUCCGCCUUGGGUUACCAAAUACCCACACUCAACGGCAUCCUGGCAAGCUUGUUUGCCAAGUCAGCAAGUUUUUACAAUCCGUUUAUCUACAUUGGCAUGAGCUCUAAGUUCCGGAAGGACCUGCAGGCUUUGUUUUACUGCCUCAGACCAACAUCAGCACACAGACCCACCCCUCCUGCACCGCUGGCCCAGCCUGCUGAUGUGCAGCUCAAUGUGGAGGAUGAACCAGUAGAGAUGGACCAUAAUCUGAGUGAACACAUCCAUGAGGAGAAGGCUGAGACCCCUUCUGAAGUGGAGUGCCAAAAUAGCCCAUUAAUCGAGCCCCACAACAUCAGCCCUCAUGGAUUAAUGAGGAAACCAAGCAACUCUGGAAGACUUUAG